CAAAUGGAGAUUAUAUUUAACUCGGUUGCAAGGUUAGCUAGCUAGUUCCCUUUCCGACAAGGGAUCGACCCCGCAGCGCUCUCUAGCGUUUUCUUCAUAUACAACUGACAACACAACAGAAGAAACACUCAAAUUCAGACACAGACAAUUUAUACGUUGUAAACGGUUACAUCGGUCAUUAAGUUUUAAUAGUUCAUUUCGCUGCACUGGCGAUUUCUACAAAACAGUUCAGCUCUCCCGCCAUGGGAUCGAACCUCAGGCGCUGUUGUUUUCAUCCCAGCUACAUUAGACUAGCACGAAACGGCUUUCAAAAAAAGUCACGUUUCUUGUUAAUAAAAGACAACACAUACUUAUACUAUUGAAGUUGCUUAAUUCAGACCUUAACAAGUUUGAACAUUCCACUUUCUAAACGUUCCACUUAAGAAGGCGAUUUUAUUAAAGACGCUUCUUACUGAAAAUGAUGCAAACAAACAGUCCAGGUUCCUGAGUCGACUCUGUGCGCAUGCGCAGAAAGCUAAACUCUCCGGUCUCUCCUGUUUGUGUACAAUAGAGGGCUCGAGACAAGUAAACGUACAGAUUUGAUCAGGCAACGGGGAGUGAAGGCACAUUUUACCAGUUACAUACUGUGUGGAUAUGAAAGGACAACAGAAAAGUUCUGAACCUGAUGUCAAUGUUCCAGUCAUUGAAGAAGCAGUUGCUACUGCAGAGGACCCGUCAGCAAUCACAACUAUUCAGUCUGCUUCUACUUUCUCCUCAGAGCAGCCGAUUAAAUAUCUCUUCAAGACCGAGGGAGCCGGGGGGCAGGUAGGGGAGCUGUACCCUCCCUCAGGGCAGGUUACAUAUCGAGUAAUCCAAGUCGCAGAUGGGCAGCUGGAAGCUCAGACUGAUGGUGCAACAGCUGUUAGUGUAGUGACAGGGUUUCCUGCUACAACACAGCCUGUUACACAGGCAGUUUUUUCUCAGUCUGAAGGAUUGGAGGGCGAUGGCACAGAAACCCAUUACACAUAUUACCCUGCUACUAUCUCAGACGCAGCGGCUGGCACCAUGGUGACCGGUGUUCAGGCCUCAGAUGCUCUGCUUAGUCAAAGUGCUCCUGCAGGUCAGUUGUAUGUUAUGAUGUCCCCGCAGGAGGUCAUUACUGGAGCCAACCAGAGGUCUAUUGCACCUCGUACACAACCUUACAAUGCUAAGUCAGAUGGGCCAAGGACUUCAAGAGAUGAGAAAAGGCGAGCUCAGCACAAUGAAGUUGAGCGAAGACGUAGAGACAAAAUUAACAACUGGAUUGUUCAGCUCUCCAAAACAAUUCCAGACUGCACCAUAGAUUCCACUAAAACUGGACAGAGUAAGGGUGGAAUCCUAUCAAAGGCCUGCGAUUACAUUCAGGAGCUGCGACAAAGUAACAGCCGGUUAGGAGAUGAACUAAACAGCCUUGACAGGUUGAAGAUGGAUAACCAGCUGUUACGGCAAGAGAUGGAAGAUUGGAAAUCUAAGAAUCAGAUUUUGAGGAGCCAGCUCCGGCAGCAUGGCAUAGUUGCAGCAGCGAGUGCAGAUCCCCAGUGAAGAGUUCAAAGGAUGUAGAAGUUUUGGAAAUUUAGAUCGAAAAACAUUCAGUGCAGGAGAUUCAACUUAACGUUAUAUUAACGUUAUACUUACAUAAUGCAGUAUUCAGCAUACCGGUGAUGAUUCUCCAUUGGGAUCUUGCCUUAUGUACAUAUUUUCUUAUUCUUGUUUGUGUCCCCUAUACUUUCUUGUAAUUUAGCAUUCAUUUUUUUAUGUACCAGGACAGGUCAGAGAAAUUUGUUUAUUUUGUACUUCUAAACUUUGUGGAAAUUAUUAAUGUUAAAUCUUUGUGUUAUGAAUGCAUUUUCAUAUAUUUCAUACUUUUCAGGUUCAGGUUUUAUCAACUUAAAUUUGUCUGAAUAAUGAGCAUGUGAAAUAACUGCCUGUUAACUGACAAUUCACAACAUGGUCGUAGUAGAUUUCACUAUAUGCAGAGAACUGAAAUAAAUAAAUAAAUUUCCCCACUAAGCUAUUCUUCUAAA